AUGCUCCUUAACUCCUCUACUGAAGAUGGAAUUAAAAGAAUCCAAGAUGACUGCCCCAAAGCUGGCAGGCACAAUUACAUUUUUGUCAUGAUCGCUACUCUUUACAGUAUCAUCUUUGUGGUUGGAAUAUUUGGAAACAGCUUGGUAGUUAUUGUCAUUUACUUUUACAUGAAGCUGAAGACUGUGGCCAGUGUUUUUCUUCUGAAUCUUGCCCUGGCUGAUCUUUGCUUUUUGUUGACUUUGCCACUGUGGGCUGUGUAUACAGCUAUGGAAUACCGCUGGCCCUUUGGCAAUCACCUGUGUAAGAUCGCUUCAGCCAGUGUCAGUUUCAACCUCUAUGCCAGUGUGUUCCUGCUCACCUGUCUCAGCAUCGAUCGCUACUUGGCCAUUGUCCACCCAAUGAAGUCUCGCCUCCGCCGAACGAUGCUAGUGGCCAAAGUCACCUGCAUUAUCAUCUGGCUGCUGGCUGGCUUGGCCAGUUUGCCAGUUGUCAUCCACCGAAACGUAUUUUUCAUUGAGAACAUCAAUAUCACAGUUUGCGCUUUUCAUUAUGAGUCUCAGAACUCAACUCUCCCCAUAGGGCUGGGCCUGACCAAGAAUGUUUUGGGCUUCCUGUUCCCUUUUCUGAUCAUUCUCACCAGCUAUACUCUAAUUUGGAAAACCCUAAAGAAGGCUUAUGGCAUUCAGAAGAACAAGCCAAGAAAUGAUGAUAUCUUUAGGAUAAUUAUGGCGAUUGUGCUUUUCUUUUUCUUUUCCUGGGUUCCCCAUCAAAUCUUCACUUUUCUGGAUGUGCUCAUUCAGCUGGGAGUCAUCCGUGACUGUAAAAUUGCUGACAUCGUGGACACUGCCAUGCCCAUCACCAUCUGCAUAGCUUAUUUUAACAACUGCCUGAACCCUCUGUUUUACGGCUUUCUAGGGAAAAAAUUUAAAAAAUAUUUCCUCCAGCUUCUGAAAUACAUUCCCCCAAAGGCCAAGUCCCACUCAGGCCUGUCAACAAAAAUGAGCACUCUUUCCUACCGCCCUUCAGAUAACAUGAGCUCAUCGGCCAAGAAGCCUGCAUCUUGUUUUGAUGUGGAGUGA